AUGUCAAUUACAACUGCAGGUCCUGCUACCAUUUUACCUCCUACGACAACCACAACUGUAGCUAAUACAGAAAACACAACUGUAGCUCCUAUAACCCCCACAAUUGCAACUUCUACUUCAACAACUGGAGCUCCCACAACUACUACAACUGCACCAUCCCCUACAACCACAAAUGUAUCUGUUUCCACAACUACUACUGCAUCCCCUACUGCAACAACAACUGAAGCUCCUUCUACAACAACUGUAGCAUCUACGACAUCAGAAACAACAUUCCCUACAACAACUGUAGCUCCAACUACAUCAGUCACAACUAGAGGUCCUACAGAAACCACAACAACAGCUCCAACGACCACUACAAAUGCAGAACCUACUACGUCAUCCUCAACUGCAGGUCCUACUACCAUUUUACCUCCUACGACAACCACAACUGAAGCUAAUACAGAAAUCACAACUGUUGCUCCUAUGACCCACACAACUGCAACUCCUACUACAACAACUCUAGCUCCUACAACCUCUACAAGUUUAGCACCCACUACUUCAUUCACAACUGCAGGUCCUACUACCAUUUCACGCCCUACGACAACCACAACUGAAGCUAAUACAGGAAGCACAGCAACAGCUCCUAUGACCAGUACAACUGCAGCACCUACUAUGUCAAUCUCAACUGCAGGUCAUAUUACCAUUUUGACUCCUACGACAACCACAACUGAAGGUCCUACAGACAGCACAACUGUAGCUCCUAUGACCCCCACAAAUGCAGCUUCUACUACAACAACUUUAGCUCCUACAACCACUACAACUGAAGCUCCAACAACCUCUACAACUGCAGCACCUACUACGUCAUUCACAACUGCAGCUUCUACUUCAACAACUGCAGCUCCCACGGCCACUACAACUGCAGCAGCUCACACAACAACAACUACAUCACAACUAUUCUACUUCAACAACUGUAGCUCCCACAACCACUACAACUGCAGCAGCUCCUACAACAACAACUCACCAACGACAUCAGCAACAACAGUCCCUAUGACAACUGCAGCUAAUACUUCAACUGUAGCUCCUACAAUGCCAAUCACAACUGCAGCAACAACUCUUGCUCCUACAACCUCUACAACUUCAGCACCCAAUACGUCAUUCACAACUGCAGCUCCUACAGCAACCACAACAGCACCUACAACGCCAAUCAAUUCUGCAGGUCCUACUACCAUUUUAACUCCUACGACAAGCACAACUGAAGCUCCUUCAGAAGUCACAACUGUAGCUCCUUUGACACCCACAAUUGCAGCUUCCACUUCAACAACUGUAGCUCCCACGACCACUACUGGAGCUGCUUCCACAACUACUACAGCAGCCCCUACUGCAACCACAACUAAAGCUCCUUCUACACCAACGACAUCAGCAACAACAGUCCCUACGACAACUGCAGCUAAUACUUCAACUGCAGCUCCUACCACCAAUUUACCUCAUUCGACAACCACAACUGUAUCACCUACGACAAUCACAACAACAUCCACUACAACAACUGCAGCACCUACUACGUCAAUCACAACUGCAGGUCCUACUACCAUUUUAACUCCAACGACAACCACAACUGAAGCUCCUACAGACAUCACAACUAUUCUACUUCAACAACUCUUCUACUUCAACAACUGUAGCUCCCACGACAACUGCAGCAUCACCUACAACAACAACUGCAGAUGCUUCCACAACUACUACUGCAGCCCCUACUGCAACCACAACUGA